AUGUCAUUACCCUAUUGCUGGCUCCCUUCUCGUCAUGUACAGUCCGUCCUGUCGGCGAAAGGCGAACCUCUCGUUGAUCCUCGAGUCUGUAGGUCUGCGCGACAAGCUAGACGCAUCAACCAAGCUAUCCAAAGCAAGGGUGAAUCCUCGGAUGAGGAAGAGGAGGUGACCCAGAAGAGUUCCUCCGCUGGAUUCCAGUACCUUCUCGAUGACUCGGAUGACUCGGAUGUAUCGAGCAACGACGACAAGGAUUCCGACGAAGAAGUGGUCAUCGCCAAGCCCAAAGUUGUCGCCCAAGCGCCUCCACCUGCAUUGUCCAAAAAGUCCAAGAAGAAGCAGGCCAAGAAGAAGAACAAUGCGCAUGCAGAAGUCGACGAUGACGUGGACGACUUGCUGCAUGCGUUGGCUAGCCAAGCCAACCUCGACGACGAAGAAAAGCCCGCGUUUCUCCCGCCUCCAGCCAUGGAACGCAAUGCGUUGCUCGCCGUGAACGCCGGGGCCUUGAACGCCGACAAAGAGAUGAAGCGUUUGUUUGGGGUCAAAGAUGCGCGGGAGAGCCUCAAGAGCGCCAAGGGUCAACCACGCAACACUGCCCGACGGACAACGAAGAAGGUGGUUCUCGUCACCCCGGACGACACGUGGCCUCGUCCGCCGACGUUUGUCGGCGGGGGCAUCCGCUGGACCCGCGUGGACAAACCGCCUUGCCCGUCGUGGGAAUACGGCGCCGACUACUUUCAAAUCGACUGGUCCAUCGAGUACAAAAAGAUGCAAGAGCAGUUCCGUGUGCUUCAGAUGACCCACGACCCCCAAAGUAUUGUGCACUUUCUGCACAAACACCCGUACCACGUCGAUGCGUUGCUUCAAAUGGCCGAAGUAUUUCAACACCACGGCCAAAUGGAUCACUCGACCGACUGCAUCAAAAAAUGCGUAUACUUUAUGGAAUUGGCGUGGGGCGAGCAAUUCCAUGUCACCUCUGGGCUUUGUCGCAUGGACAUUGCAAGUGGCGACAACAAGUCGUUCUAUCGCGCGCUGUUCUUUCUGAUGAGACACGUGGGGCGUCGGGGAUGCGUUCGCAGUGCGUUUGAGAUCGCUAAGUUGAUUUGGAGCUUGGACCCGAAGGGAGACCCGCUGCAUGUGCUGCUGUGCUUGGACUACUAUGCGUUGUCGGCCCGCCAGUGCCAAUAUGUCGUCGACUUGUUCGAAUCCAACACGGAAAUCGUUUUUCGAACGGACAAGGCCGUGGCCGUUCCAAGCCUUGCGCCCGUGACGGUGGCCGCGCUUCCUGGCCUCCAGAUGUCCGUGGCCCUGGCGCGGUAUUUGCUCGGCGACGUCGCGCGUGCGACAGCCGACCUCGCGUCCACUUUGUCCAAAUUUCCUCAAGUGCUGGUGCCGCUGACCGAAAAAUGCGGCAUCUCCACCACCUCCAAAUCAUGGCAGGAUGUGAUUUGCUCGGCGGUGUUUGCGAACGCGCCGCACUUGGACGACCACGGCGUCGUGUCCCAUCUGCUGCACAUUUAUGUCACCCGCCAUGCGUCGCUGUGGAAAGUGAACGACAUCCAGUCGUUCUUGCUCCAAGCCGCCGUCCAAGCCAGCGCCUCGUACAACCGCGGGACGUUUGUCACCGAGUUGCCGCCCCUCGUGCACAAAUACAAGCGUGCCAUUAGUCCUGAUUUCUCGGACGAAGUGACCACGCUGCCCCCGGACCACCCGAUGAUGAUGCAGCCAGGAGCUGGGGGAGGUGAUGCCGAUGGAAUGCUCGACUUGGACAACAUGGACCCGGCCAUGAUUGCGCAGUUGCAAGCGCAAUUGGAGGCCGAACAAGCUCGCAACGGAGGCAAUUUGCCCGCUGAUGCCCACCCGCUGCUGCUGUUUCUGCAAACGCUGCUGCCGUGGAAUCGACUCCAACAACCAGGGGCCCAACGUCCGGCAAACUUCGACGAAAACCCCGUGUACCAACCUGCCGACGAAUAA